AUGAUUCUCACCGAAGAGCAACCCACUUCUACAUCGGAUAUUAAGUAUGAAACUCCACUUGAUGGUCAAGCAGCAUCAGUGACUACUUCGACGGCGACCGACAUGGCGCUGUGCAGAAUUUGCCUAGACGACAACCAAGAAGUUUCCAAACUGAUUUGUCCGUGCAACUGCAAAGGAAGCGUCGCCAGAACUCAUUCAGCUUGUCUCGAAAAGUGGGUUGAAAUUACUCACAAUACAAAUUGCCAAAUUUGUGGAACGGAUUAUGAAUUAGAAUCGUGCGGAUGGAAAAAGAUCACGGAAUGGACUGCACCACGGCCCCUGUCGAACGAAUGGGAAGAUGUACUGGAUUUCCGUUGUUGCAUAGCAUGGCUGAUAUACUUCAGUCGAUUUGUCUACAUGAACGCCACCUACGGAGCAAAAGAAACAAAUCGCCAGAUAACCGAGGCAAUCGGGGACGGUGUAUUUGCAAAAUGCUGGUGGUUUGCAUUCUGGAUGAAUAUGAUAUAUUACGGAUCGAUAACCGUUCUUCUGACGGACCAGUGGAUUACUGAGAACCGCGUCUACAGAUUCCGUGAUCGCCGCCCACCGAAGAAGCGUUAA